AUGGGGGAAAAAGAUAGCAGCAGGUUGCUGGGCCAGCGGCCGCCGGGCUACGGGACACUGCGGCCGGGCUCCAGCGGAGGCGGCAUGGAGGUGACGGGCUACGCGAGGCGGCGCUGGCGGGUGCUCCUGUGCCACGCGGGCGCCGUGCUCAGCGCGGGGCUCCUGCUCCUGCUCUUCCACUGGAAGCCCAGCCUGGAGGUGCGCGCCAAGGGCAGGCCGUGCCCGCUCGGCCAGGCCCACUGGGUCGUCAUCAGGGACCGCUUUGGGCAGUGCUUCACUGCACGGGUGCGCACGGAGGCGCUGGGCGAUGGCAGCCUGGAGCAUCACCCAGGAGCCCGCCUGGAGGAGCGGACGACCACCAUCACCAUGGGCGCCUCGGAGGAGGAGGAGAGCCGCGACACCAUCCGGCUGCACGAGAAGGAGGAGAGGAACUUCUUGCGCUACUACCUCUUUGAGGGCUUGCGCUACGUGUGGAUCGAGAGGCGACAGGCGUUCUGCAAAGUCAGUGAUUUGGAUGAAGGCUGGACCUGUGAGGAUCUCCACCUCACCCAGGCAGGUCUUGAGCAGCAGGACCACAACACCAGGAGGAAGAUCUACGGCCCGAACCUCAUCGAGGUGCCGGUGAARUCCUACGCGAGGCUGCUGGUGGAGGAGGUGCUCAACCCCUUCUACAUCUUCCAAGCGUUCAGCAUCGUGCUGUGGGUCUGCGAUGCCUACUACUACUACGCUGCCUGCAUCUUCCUCAUUUCCACCAUCUCCCUAGGGCUGUCCCUCUACGAGACGAGGAAGCAAAGCGCCACGCUGCAGACCAUGGCCAAGAUGUCGGUCGGCGUCCGAGUGCGCAGCCCCAGCGGAGCCGAGACGGUGGUGAGCUCGGCGGACCUGGUGCCYGGCGACUGCAUCAGCCUCCCGUGCGACGGGAUGCUGGUCCCCUGCGACGCCGCGCUGCUGACGGGCGAGUGCAUGGUCAACGAGAGCAUGCUGACAGGCGAGAGCGUGCCGGUGAUGAAAACUCCUCUCCCGGCGGGUGGCCGCGCAGCCCACGCCAUCUACUCGCCCGAGGAACACCGUCGGCACACGCUGUUCUGCGGCACGCAGGUCAUCCAAGCCAAGUCCUACGUGGGCAAAGAGGUGCUGGCCGUGGUGACGCGCACAGGGUUUUGCACAGCCAAGGGGGACCUCAUCAGCUCCAUCCUCUACCCCAAGCCUGUAAGCUUCAAGUUCUACAAGGACGCCGUGAAGUUUGUGCUGUUCCUCGCCGUCCUAGCUUUCAUCGGCACGCUAUACAGCAUCUUGGUCUUGGUCAAAAACCAGGUUCCUGUGGGGCAGAUCAUCAUCCGUGCCCUCGACCUGGUCACCGUCAUCGUGCCGCCGGCCUUGCCAGCUGCCAUGACCGUGGGCACCAUCUAUGCCCAGAACAGGCUGAAGAACCAGGGUAUCUUCUGCAUCAGCCCUCCUCGUAUCAACCUGUGCGGGAAGAUCCGCCUGGUCUGCUUUGACAAGACGGGAACCCUCACGGAGGAGGGUUUGGAUGUGUGGGGCGUCGUCCCGCUGGACAGGGACCGUUUCUUGCCCAUCGUCCACGAGCCCCGCUGCCUUCCCGACGGUCCCCUGCUCUACGCCCUGGCCGCCUGCCACACCAUCUCGCUGCUGCGCACACAGCCCAUCGGCGACCCCGUGGACCUCAAGAUGAUGGAAUCCACCGGCUGGCACCUGGAGAUGCCGGAGGAGGACCAAGCGGAGCCUCCUGUCAUGGAGCAGUUUGGGACCAAGGUCUUGGCCGUGAUGAAGCCUCCACCUGUGGAAGAACAGCCUCGAGACACGAAGCACCAGGUGCCCGUGGGCAUCCUCCGGCGGUUCCCCUUCUCCUCCUCCUUGCAGAGGAUGAGCGUGCUGGCGAAGCUGCCUGGCCAGGCCUCUGUGGAAGCCUACGUCAAAGGGGCGCCGGAGAUGGUGGCCAGCCUCUGCAGGAAGGACACGGUGCCCCCGGAUUUCUCCCAGAUGCUGCGGCACUACACCACGGACGGCUUCCGCGUGCUGGGUCUCGCCUGCAAAGCCCUCAGCACCGUGACCACCUUCGAGGAGGCCCUGCAGCUCACAAGGGAGUCCGUUGAGAGCGGCUUGACCUUCCUCGGCUUCCUCGUCAUGAAGAACGUGCUCAAGCCAGAGACAGCGCCCACCAUUCACCUGCUGCGCAAUGCCAACAUCCGCCCCGUCAUGGUGACAGGAGAUAACAUGUUGACAGCCGUGAACGUGGCCAAGAGCUGCCACAUGGUGGAGCCGAAAGAGCGGGUCGUCUUUGUCAAUGCCUCCCCGCCCACGGCUGACAAACCCGCYGCUCUGAAGUUCAUCCUUGCCGAACACUCGCAGGGUGAAGAGGAGUCGGAGGGCCUCUACCAGCAGGACGGUCUCUGCCUCCAGCCGCGGCCCUGCCACUUGGCGCUGAACGGCAAGUCCUUCGCCGUACUUCAACAGCACUUCCCUGACCUGCUGCCCAAGAUUCUCAUCCGUGCGACUGUUUUUGCUCGCAUGUCACCUGACCAGAAGACCCAGCUGGUGUGCAGCCUGCAGGAGCUCAACUACUGCGUGGGGAUGUGCGGGGAUGGCGCCAAUGACUGUGGGGCCCUGAAGGCCGCCGAUGUGGGCGUCUCUCUCUCGGAGGCCGAGGCCUCGGUGGCGUCGCCUUUCACCUCCCGCGUUGCCAACAUCGCCUGCGUGCCCACGCUCAUCCGGGAGGGCAGGUGCUCRCUGGUCACCUCCUUUGGGGUCUUCAAGUACAUGGCCCUGUACAGCUUGGUGCAGUUCGUGUCUGUGCUGCUGCUCUACACGAUCAACACCAACCUGAGUGACUUUCAGUUCCUCUUCUUUGACCUCAUCAUCACCACCACCGUAGCGGUGCUGAUGGGUCGGACGGGGCCUGCCAAGGAGCUGGGAGUGGAGCGUCCCCAAGGAGCGCUGAUCAGUGUCCUCGUGCUGGGCAGCCUGCUCUUCCAGACAGCUCUGCUCAUCACYGUGCAAGUCCUCAGCUACUUCAUCACCAUCUCACAGAGCUGGUAUGUGCCACUGAACAGCACGGUGACGGCUCCCCAGAACCUGCCCAACUACGAGAACACGGUCCUCUUCUGCAUCACGGGCUUCCAGUAUCUCAUCUUGGCCGUGGCCAUGUCCAAGGGCUACCCGUUUCGGGAGCCGCUGUACACCAACGUGCUCUUCUUGCUAGUCCUCGUUGCCCUCUUCGGCCUCAUGGUGUGGUUGACCUUGUACCCGCUGGGCUUCCCCAAAACCCUGCUGAAGCUGCAGGCCAUCGACGACUUGAACUUCAAGCUGCUCCUGCUGGGAGUCGCCGCGCUCAACUUCUUCGCCGCCUUCGUGCUGGAGACCGCCCUGGACCACGGCUUGCUUUGCUGCCUGCGCAAGCUGCGCCGGAAGAAGGUCUCCAAGAAGCUCUUCAAGCGACUGGAGAAGGAGUUGAGCCAGCAGCAGCCCUCCUGGCCGCCCCUGAAUGAACCGCUCUUUGCAACACCCAAGCUGUCCAUCACUGUGAGAUAGCCAUGGUCGGUGUGGGCCAGGCCACCCUCCUCCCUGCCUUCCAGCCCCUCGUCAUUGAGGGGUUGACCCUGGUACCAACGUUGGCCACGGGCACCUGCGCCCAGGUGGAGAUGCUCCAUGCAGGGCGAGGGAUACAGUAGGUAGCUAAGGACCAUCAGGGCAUCUUGYCUUUGCCGUGGGGACGUCCUCAGCACGGCAGCUCACCCCCGAGCCGUGCUGGCCCCAGCCGUGGCCACCACCAAGCCUGCUGAGAAGCCAAGCAGGGAGGAGGACGUGCAGAAGAGGAGAACCCCCCUUGCCCC